AUGAGCUACACGUUGGACUCGCUGGGCAACCCGUCCGCCUACCGGCGGGUGACCGAAACCCGCUCGAGCUUCAGCCGCAUCAGCGGCUCCCCGUCCAGCGGCUUCCGCUCGCAGUCGUGGUCCCGCGGCUCGCCCAGCACCGUGUCCUCCUCCUACAAGCGCAGCGCGCUGGCCCCGCGCCUCACCUACAGCUCCGCCAUGCUCAGCUCGGCCGAGAGCAGCCUCGACUUCAGCCAGUCCUCGUCUCUGCUUAACGGCGGUUCUGGGCCGGGCGGCGACUACAAGCUGUCCCGCUCCAACGAGAAGGAGCAGCUGCAGGGGCUGAACGACCGCUUCGCGGGCUACAUCGAGAAGGUCCACUACCUGGAGCAGCAAAACAAGGAGAUCGAGGCGGAGAUCCAGGCGCUGCGGCAGAAGCAGGCCUCGCACGCCCAGCUGGGCGACGCGUACGACCAGGAAAUCCGCGAGCUACGCGCCACUCUGGAGAUGGUGAACCACGAGAAGGCUCAGGUACAGCUGGACUCGGACCACCUGGAAGAGGACAUCCACCGGCUCAAGGAGCGCUUCGAGGAGGAGGCACGGCUGCGCGACGACACCGAGGCGGCCAUCCGCGCGCUGCGCAAAGAUAUCGAGGAGUCGUCGCUGGUCAAGGUGGAGCUGGACAAGAAGGUGCAGUCGCUGCAGGAUGAGGUGGCCUUCCUGCGGAGCAAUCACGAGGAGGAGGUGGCCGACCUGCUGGCCCAGAUCCAAGCGUCACACAUCACCGUGGAGCGCAAAGACUACCUGAAGACGGACAUCUCGACGGCGCUGAAAGAGAUCCGCUCCCAGCUCGAGUGUCACUCCGACCAGAACAUGCACCAGGCCGAAGAGUGGUUUAAGUGCCGCUACGCCAAGCUCACCGAGGCGGCCGAGCAGAACAAGGAAGCCAUCCGCUCCGCCAAGGAAGAGAUCGCCGAGUACCGGCGCCAGCUGCAGUCCAAGAGCAUCGAGCUCGAGUCAGUGCGCGGCACCAAGGAGUCCCUGGAGCGGCAGCUCAGCGACAUCGAGGAGCGCCACAACCACGACCUUAGCAGCUACCAGGACACCAUCCAGCAGCUGGAAAAUGAGCUUCGGGGCACAAAGUGGGAAAUGGCUCGUCAUCUGCGAGAAUACCAGGAUCUCCUCAACGUCAAGAUGGCUCUGGAUAUUGAGAUCGCCGCAUACAGGAAACUCCUGGAGGGUGAAGAGACCAGAUUUAGCACAUUCGCAGGAAGCAUCACUGGGCCGCUGUACACACACCGACAGCCCUCCAUCGCCAUAUCCAGUAAGAUUCAGAAAACCAAGGUAGAGGCUCCCAAGUUAAAGGUCCAACACAAAUUUGUUGAGGAGAUCAUAGAAGAAACCAAAGUGGAAGAUGAGAAAUCAGAAAUGGAGGAAGCCCUGACGGCCAUCACCGAGGAACUGGCCGUUUCCAUGAAAGAGGAGGUCAAGGAAGAGGAGGCUGAAGGAAAGGAGGAGAAAGAAGAAGCCGAAGAAGAAGUUGUCGCUGCCAAAAAGUCUCCAGUGAAAGCUACUGCACCUGAACUUAAAGAAGAGGAAGGAGAAAAGGAGGAGGAAGAGGGCCAAGAGGAAGAGGAAGAGGAGGCUGCUAAGUCAGACCAAGCUGAGGAAGGAGGAUCUGAGAAGGAAGGUUCUAGUGAAAAAGAGGAAGGUGAGCAAGAAGAGGAAGGAGAAACAGAGGCUGCGGGGGAAGGAGAGGAAGCUGCCGCUGAAGCUAAGGAGGAAAAGAAAACGGAGGAAAAGGCUGAAGAAGUGGCUCCAAAGGAGGAGCUGGUGGCAGAAGCCAAGGUGGAGAAGCCAGAGAAAGCCAAGUCCCCAGUGGCCAAGUCCCCGACAACAAAGUCCCCGCCGGCCAAGUCCCCAGAGGCAAAGUCCCCGCCGGCCAAGUCCCCAGAGGCAAAGUCCCCAACAGCAAAAUCCCCAGAGGCAAAGUCCCCAACAGCAAAAUCCCCAACGGCAAAGUCCCCAGUGUCAAAGUCCCCAGUGUCAAAGUCCCCAACGGCAAAGUCCCCAGCAGCAAAGUCCCCAGCGGCAAAAUCACCCGUGGAGGAAGCGAAACCCAAAGCAGAAGCUGGAGCUGAGAAAGGAGAACAGAAGGAGAAGGUGGAAGAAGAAAAGAAAGAAGCAAAGGAAUCUCCCAAGGAAGAGAAGGCAGAGAAAAAGGAGGAGAAGGCAAAGGAUGUGCCAGAGAAGAAGAAGGCUGAGUCCCCGGUGAAGGCUGAGUCCCCAGUGAAGGAGGAGGUACCCGCCAAACCAGUAAAGGUGAGCCCCGAGAAGGAAGCCAAAGAGGAGGAGAAGCCACAGGAGAAAGAGAAGGAGAAAGUGGAAGAGGUGGGAGGGAAGGAGGAGGGAGGUUUGAAGGAAUCCAGGAAGGAAGACAUAGCCAUCAAUGGGGAGGUGGAGGGGAAGGAGGAAGAACAGGAAACUAAGGAGAAAGGCAGUGGGGGAGAAGAGGAGAAAGGAGUCGUCACCAACGGGCUAGACGUGAGCCCAGUGGAUGAAAAGAAGGGCGGUGAUAAAAGUGAGGAGAAAGUGGUGGUAACCAAAAUGGUAGAAAAAAUCACCAGUGAGGGGGGAGAUGGUGCUACCAAGUAUAUCACCAAAUCUGUAACCGUCACUCAAAAGGUCGAAGAGCAUGAAGAAACCUUUGAGGAGAAACUAGUGUCUACUAAAAAGGUAGAGAAAGUCACUUCACACGCCAUAGUAAAGGAAGUCACCCAGAGUGACUAAUAUUUGAGUCCAUCGCAAAAGGUUAAGCCAUAAGACAAUUUCAA